AUGACAUUAGCUGGAUUGCAGCGUAGAGGUGUUACUUCAACUUCAAUCAAUGCUUUUGUUCGAGGGAUCGGAAUCACCAGAAGCAACUUGGAAGCAGGCUCAGUAAUUGAUAUGGAGGCAAAGAAAUGGCCUGAUGCUCAAAUAGAUGAUGCAUCUUCUUUGUACAAGGUCCCUUUUUCCAAUGUUGUAUAUAUCGAUCACACUGAUUUCCGCGUGAAAGAUUCGAAAGAUUACUAUGGGCUUGCUCCAGGAAAAUCUGUCCUCAGAAGUAAUAUUUGCUGA